AUGAGUUCUGAUUCACGAGAUUUAGGAGGUGCUGUUGAUCCAAAGUGCAGACAAGAUCUCCAUGAGGCCCACAAGAAGAAAUCAAAAGAGAAGGAAAGGAGACUGGCAGCCAGUCAGUGGAACAUGGAUGUACAACCCCUUGUUUCAUCUUCUGAAUGGCUUCAACUUCAUGGGCUCAAAAGAAACAAACUGUCCCUAUCACAGAUUUUGUCAAAGAUUGGAUUCCAGCACAGGCAAGAUUAUGUGACCACCUUGGGGAAGCCUGUGGCAUCUCGGUAUGCAGAUGGUCUGUUCCCUCAAUACAAGAGAGCACAAGAUGGCAGCGUGUAUAAUCUGACAGCCAAAAAAGAACUGAUUCUUCAUUUUGUGGAUUGCCUAAGGGCAGCUAUUGAGCUAUAUAAGCAGCGCAUGGAAUGGUUAACCAGUGGGAGCCGGCAGAUUUUUGGAGUGAUUCAAGAGGAGUGCAUUGUCAUUGUUUUGGAUUUUGGCACUGCAGCUCCAACUGAAUUUGAUCUAUGUCGGGAUGCACUUUCUAUGGUACUUGUGGAGCAGGUGGCCCAAAUAGCCAAAUUCAACCUUAUUCGGGCUGCUCAGGAUCUUCUGAAGUGGCAGCAGAAAUCUGCUCCUGUGUCUGAGCAUACUGUAAAGUCUGCUGUUACCUGGCUCUGGAAGCUGGACCCUGUGACAGCUGCCAGCCCUGCCAGCUCUGUGGAAGCCCUGCUGGAAGCCAUGAGUGAUGAGGCGAUUGAAGCUGUUUAUUACUUUGCUGUGGGUGAUGUUUCAGUGGACACAAAGCAGCUGCUCCUUGAGAUGGUUUCUCAUGGCCCCUGUCCAGUCAACACUGUGUCUUUCAAUGCUAGGGAAGAUGAAACUAUUGUUUUUCUGAAGGAGCUGAGCCGCUUGGCCUCCGGCAGAUUCCAUGCUUUUGCUGAGAAGAAUGACUGUAGAGAUGCUACUGGACCUGCACUAAAAUGUGAAGAAGAUGGAAAAGGUCCAAUUGCCCUGAAUUCCAGAAAAGUAAAAGGGCGAAUACCACUAGUAGCUGGUGUCUGUGAAGAUGUCUUUUUGGUCUGGAAGGAGCUGGAGGAAGCCAGGAGCACAGUGAGAGAAGUUCAGAAAAUUGUUUCAGAAUCUGACCAGCCUGCUCCUCAAGAUGCAACCAAAGCUGAUGAUCCAUUAGAAAAACAUACAUCUGACAAAUACUUGUCUUCUGAGAAGUGGUUGCAGAAGUAUGGCUUGAAAGCUCAGAAGCUCACACUGUACGAUGCACUUGCUGAUUGUACUUUUCGACAUGCAGAUGGAAUUGUUGACAUAAAAACUAAACCAGAGGAUGAAACUUCACAAACUGAUGCUGAGACAAAGAGGAAGGUAAUUAAUGCAAAAUACUGUGACAAGUUUGUAAAUACCUUCUGGAAAGAUGGAUCUGUAGUUCAUAUGUAUGUUAGUACAGAAAAGUAUAAGCAGUACAAAGAGAAAAUGAGGACAGCUCUCGGACAAGUGGAAGAAAGGAUUAAGUGGCUUCAACAAGGAAGCAGAGGGCUCUUUGGGAAUGUGUUUGAAGAUAAUAUCUACAUUCUUAUUGAUGUAUCUGAAUCCAUGAAGGACAAGAUGCCACUGGUGAAGGAGAAAAUAUGUCAGCUCAUACAGGAACAAUUGAGACACAAAAAGAGAUUCAAUUGUGUGAAAUUUAGUUCUCAAGCAGUGGCAUGGCAAGAGAAACUUGCUGAAGUUAAUGAGGAAAAUUUGCAAGAUGCUUGGCUUUGGAUAAAAGGACUUGAGGUUGGAGGUUCCACAAAUACACUCCAGGCUCUCCAGAUUGCUCUUGCCGAUACUGACACUGAGGCUAUUUACCUCCUGACUGAUGGGAGACCUGACCAGCCUCCUGAAACAAUAUUGAAUCAAGUCCAGCUUCAUCGUAAAAUUCCCAUCCAUACUGUAUCCUUCAACUGUGAUGAUAGAGAAGCCAAUAAAUUUUUGUAUGAGCUCUCCACUGAAACAGAGGGCCGGUUUCGUUAUUACAACAUUUAUUUGACUGAUGGUGGUGCUGCAGAGUUUAUUAUUAGUGAAGACAUAGAUAUUUUGAAAAGAGAGAUUGAACAAGGAGAAAGAGACCUAGAGAAAAUGAAAACCAUUCAUGCUGAAUGUAUGAUGAUGGAUGGUUAUAGUGGAGAAAAUAAUCCAGAGAAUAACAUCAAUCAGCAGCAGACACACACAGUGUCUUCUGAAACUGACCAUGUUGAAGAGCUGAGUACCGCUCCUAGCAGCAGGCCCUGCUGUGCUUCACUAGAGCCAGCACUGACACCAUGUCAGCAAAUCUGGCAAACUACUUGUGACAGUCCAGUGCAAAGGAAAAAAGCAUUGUAUGCAGAGCAAACAAAGACAAGUCUGCUGCGAAUCCUGAGCCAGAGUGUGAAGUCUAGGGCUGAAAGCCCAGAGGAAGGAAUAUGUAAUGAAAAAAAGAGUUUUUCUGUCAAAAAGAGCAAGAAAUAUCCAACCAUUUUCAAAGGCAAGUUGACAGAACAGGAAACUCUUUAUCUGAAAAUGCAGAAAACUGUGAAAGGGACACCUAAAAGUUCUCUAGAUAUCUCUUCAUCUCUCUGGUUAAAGACUCAUGGCUUGGUUGCUAGGCGACUCACGAUUAUGGAUGCCUUAGCUCCGACAGCUGUCCCUCAUGGUACCAAGUACAUUCCAGUUCUGGACAAGCAUGUAUUUUCUAAAGUGUAUGAUGAGAUACUUCCACUGGCUCAUGUAAGCAACGACACGAAGCAGAUCACAUUAAUUAAUCCUCAGGCAGUGAAUCUUGAUGCCUAUAAAGAGAAGCUGGAACAAGCAAUUAAAUCAUAUGAAAGGCGCCUAAACCUAAUUGUUUGGAGAGCACUAUCUCAGGAGGAAAGAGACAAAUUUAAAGAGGAUGGGCCAGUUCAAUAUAUGCAACAUAAAGAAGCUUUACUGGAAUCUUUAGAGAAUCUGGGAUGGCCAAUUUCCUGUGAAGAUGUAGUAUUGUUAGAAGAUGAGAUAUUGGCAGCAUUAACAUAUAAACAACAAGCCUCUGAUCUUCAGAAAGCUGUUAAAAAGGAGACUGAGAAAAUCUCAGAAUCACAGAUGAGCAACAGUAAAAAGAAACUUCAGGAAGAAACCAUGAAGUCAAAGUCUAAAAAAAGACCAAAAGGCCGACUAUCUGGGACUCACAAAAGCCAAAAGGUGAUUGCAAGAUCAGAUGUCACAGGAUUUUAUUAUCCAGGAACUGUGAUAAAGAAUAUCAGUUCUACCUGUGCACUUGUUGAUUUCAAGAAUGGGGGAACCUGUAUUGUACCUGUGAAGUUCACUAUACCUGUGGGAGGUGCUAUGCCAUGCCCAUAUCUGCAGGUUGGAGACUAUGUGUUUGCCAAAACUGGGACACAGAGAGGAAAUGAAUAUUAUGCACCUGCCAUUGUCAUAGCAACACCAAAGAGGGUGGAAAUAGGUGGUAAACUCUACACUGUUCUGAUGUUCAACAAUAGGAAAGAACACUGUUUAAGAAGUGAGCUAAUUAAAAUCAGCCAAACUAAGUAUGACUUUUCCUGUCGAUACAUAAGAGUUAUGCAGAUGGUGGAGUAUGUGACCCUGGACAGAGAGACCACAAAGCCCUUUCCGGAAGAUGAAGAAGGAGUAGCAAAGAAAAAUACUGUGAAAGAAGAUAAAGGAAAAAAGAAAAAGAAGAGCAGAGCAGAAGACAACAAACAUACCAGGGAGAGGAUGUUAGACUCUAGUGAUUUUUUAUUUGUCUCCAGAAGGCAAGUAAAACAGAAAGGAAGAAAUUUGCUGCCUAGCAAUGAAGAAGAAUAUGAAGCAUCUUCAUUCUCCAUUUCAUCAUUCUGGUGUUCAUCAAGGCAUCAAACUCUGCAGUCGCUGAGAACUUCACCUGCAAGCUCACCAAAGGAUCCUUGUUGCUUAAACAGUCCUGCUGUCGAAAAGUCUCCAGAGUCUGGUAAAAGCAACAUCACCAGAAUUAUUAGAGUCAACAUUGAGCAGCAACGAUUGCCCGCAGCUGCACAUCCCGCAGCCGCCCGCCUGACGAGGCCCCGCUGCUCCCCGCCCAAACCUUCCAUCCCCCCCUCAGCCCUGCGCGGCAGGAGGGAGUUAUUAGGGGGAAUUCGGGGGGUAGCAGACUCGGCCCAGCACGGCCCCCAGUGGCGGCAGGGAGGGGGUGGGAAGGGGUGUGUGCCCGGCGGCGGGGGGCUCAGAGGCCGGGAAGCCGGGUUUCUCUCGCAGCUCUCCCCUCCCGGCGGUGUCUCGGACGCUGCGGAGCCUCCCCCUGGCCUCUCCUCCGCGGCAGGGACCGGGGGAGCGGUGAGCGGUGAGUGCGGCGGGUAUCCGGGUGGCGACGGGACCUCGCCUUGCCGAGCGGAGCAGAGGCUGAGGCGGGCUGAGCACCAGGGAUCUUCCCGGGAGGAGGGGCUGAGUGCCCGCCCGGGCACAGCUCCUCCCCGCAGGUAG